AUGGCCGCAUGGGAGGCCCUCCCUGAGAAGGAACACAUAUCAGUCUGGAAUGAGACGGAGCGCAACUUUUGGCUCGACCAGGAACGCCAACACGAAGCAGCAGACAUCGAGGCCGACAAGGCGUACCAAAGCAUAAUCACCGACGCAAAGGUAGAGCUUAGUAACCUGACGGGACGUCGCAGCCUGUUGUCUGAAUCCCAAGCCCGGCUAGUCAGGGAACUCGCCAAGGUCGAGGAAGAACUCUCCCGCGUGUCGCAAGCGUGCGAUGAAAAGGCUGAGCGCCUGAACGGGACCGAGCAAGAGUAUCGCGAUGGACAACAGGCGCGAUUGGAGACGCGGCAAAAGGUUCGGAAAACCAUGCGCCGAUUUUUUAAGGAAAGGCGAGGCGAGGACCCCAACGUCGAAGAUCCUGAAGAUAUCGAGUUGGAAAGACUUGCGCCCGCACCCGAAACGGCGCCCGCACCCCAGCCCCGAAUCAAUGGGACUGCGCCUUCAGAGGCAGACGAGCCUAGGGAACGGGUAGAAACUCCAGUGGAGGACACGAGUAUGGAGGACGUUGAACAACAACAAAAUGGCGAUCACCCCUACAGGAGUAAACCCUACGACAAGACAGGACUGGAUGUCAUAGUGGAGGUCGUCGACGCCGAUGGCAACGUUAUCGGCCCAGUGGAGCGCAUCGAACCAUGGAACCAGUGGGUCGAAGCUAUCCAAGAUCUUGAGAUCCGAAGACCUGUCAAGAUUCGCCGUGGCCGCCGUUUCAACGAUUCCCAUCUCUCCACUAUCUAUGAACGCACCGAGGCUAAGGGAGUCAAGUGGCUAUCCUGCAUGAUUCAGGCUACUGGUGAAAUUCAGACAAAGCGAUGCCAAUCCUGUGAUAAAAAUCAGGGAGCCUUUGACGACUGCAUCAUUGUCGGCGGUGACCUAUUCCAGAAGUGCGGCAACUGCGAAUGGAAUCGCCAGGGUUGCCAUGGAGCAUCAGGAGACGUCAUUGAUGUGCCAACUGCGAGGAGACGAUACCGCCAGCGUAGGGACACUGGAAGUCUUCAGAACAGUCCAACGCAAAGGGAGCCCCCGCAGGUUGUCGAUAUUCAACCCAGACCCGAGCCUGAGCCUGAGCCGGAGUCCGAGCCCGAGCCGGUACACCAUUUCGAGAGGCAGCCGCUUCCUCAACCUCACCAUGCGCCUCUCCCAUCUAAUCAUGCUCUUCAUGCGCCUCAUCAUGCGCCUCAUCAUCAUGUUAUCGCACCUCUUCCUGUCCUGGCCCCCCAGCCGAGAGAGCCUGAUCGGGCCCAGCCUAGCACUGAAGUCGACACACCGAUCAAGGACAUGCCCAUUCUCAACGGCAGCCAGAUAGUCCGCGAGCCCGAACAGAUGCCAACCCCUCAGGAAUAUCGGGUGACGCCUGGCUUUACGCCUGCCAACACGCGAAGCAGACCCCCUUCUGCCGAUCGACCUACCCCGACAUCCAUGCACAUCGAGCCCUCUCCACAGCCCACCGAGUCGUUUUCCGAAGAACCCUUGGAGGAGAUUACUCGUGAGAACCUGGUUCUCAGGGACAAUGGCGUUGUUUACACCUACCCCGAGUGCGUUCAGGGUGUGCCACUUCAGAAGAUUGACGAGCGGCACCCAUACUGGGAGCCCAACUGGCCAAACGUGCGAACCUUAAUCGAGCCACAGUUGGCCAAGUGGCGCGAGAAGCACCAAGCGGCAAUUGAAGCGGGUCCCAAGCAAGAAAAGGGAGGUUCCUCCAAGUACCAGAUAGGUCGGCAGGUCAACCGAGGCAUCAAGAUCCUCGAGUUCCUCGAAGAAGGCGAUAUUAGCCCUUACCAGCUCUUGGGAAAGAAGUUUAUCCAGUCUGGAAAAGGCGGUAUCUGCUCAUACGAUACCCUUUUCCGACUAUCAGAGACUAUGUCAGAGUUGGCCAAGUUCAAGCUGGAUAUGAAACCAGUUGAGUGGAUGCGACACCGACUCUACGAGCUGAGCAUUAGCGAGGGUGCCAGCUUCAACUUGCCGAGGACGAUUCACGACUUCUACCACGAUCCCAAGCUUACGGCUCUGCGAUAUAAGCACGGCUUCAAAAACAUUGGACGUCCAUCGGGAAUGAAGACUGGCCGCCACAGCCUCGGAAGCCCCAACAGCACCCCUAAGCCUCUCAAGAAACGCAAGAGCAUGCACUCCCUCGCCAGCACCCCCCGCGAGACCCCUUAUGUCGAUCAAUCACCCCUGGCGACCCAAAUGUCACUUCCUCCAGAAAACCCCUUCGGCUCUCACCUCCAGAAGCGCCCUAAGCUUCUAUCCCCAGCCCCCAUGCCUAUACAUGAUGAGUUCCAGGUUGCUGGUCACUCUGACGCUGAUUCUUGGAGUGGUGUGCCCGUUGGUAGAAAAGACUACCGCCUCUACCAAGUAAAGACGCGACUGUACACGAGCUCCACGCAUGUCACGCAGUAUUGGUCCUGGAUGGAUGAGGAUCAGUCCUUCGAGCAUCAGGUCCUGAAGGGCCUGAACCCAGUGUCCUGGGGCGUGCACAAGGACCCUAUUGAUUUCCACGUGAAUCUGGAAGAGAUUUCCCAGGUGGUGUGGAAUAUCGAGGCGUUGCGGAUUCACAUCUUUAUGCGCCCCGAAGGCUCCGUCUUAGCUAAGAAGGAUGGACAGCUUCGAGGCGAUAUCAUGGCGGCCUUCAAGCGAGAGCGGACAAUGCGACGAUUCCUCAACUUUUGUCGCGAAAAAGGCGUCCAGAUGCUCAAGGCAUCAACGGAGGAACUCGACCACCGUUGGCUCAACAUGCAUUCUGAACAGCUCCCAGAUGAGAACGGAAAACCUACCAAGGAAUUGAUGGCCUAG